AUGACACAGACCGCGUCAGAUGCUCAAGAGAGUCAAGCAACAUUUGGUACAGAACCACCGCCACCCAGUAACAUCAAACCGACACUGACCCCAUUUUCUGCAGACAAGCCUGCGACCGAUGAGAUUCCCAAAACAAAUGGUCACCAUGAUGAUAACUCGAAAGACGAAGGCCCUCCCGCGAAGAAGAGGCGAGUGAGUGAGACCGCGCCGAGUCCACGUCGAAAGCUAGAAUCACCUCCCUGGAAGAAGUCUGUAGCAGAUGGGCCUUCGUCCUUUACACAAGAUGGAAUUAGAAAGUCUGGCCGGACGAAUCGAAUACCGCUGGAGCUGCAGCCACCCUCUGCCAAACGUCAGACGCGAGGCGCGGUUCAGAAAACCUACUCGGUCAAAGGCAAAUUUGGAAACGCGAACGGAACGCACCAAACGCGGGAUACAUCUAAUCAGCCAGUUAAUGGAUCGAAGAAGACUGCAUCAGCUGGCACGCUCAGCUCGCACCUUGCCCAGAAAUCGCCCUCGAAAUCAGGCAUCUCUCCUAAACGAUACCAUCGAAAAUCCAUGCCAAGUGAGCCGAAGCCUACGCCAGGUCGCCAGCACAGAAGGCUAUCCGCACCAAAAACCCCUCAGUCUGCACCAUCACGACAUCUUCCAGAAAGGAGUCGCCGUUCUGAGCGGAAUGGUGAUACUGGCCAACAUGAUGAUAGCACGCGGAGAAGCUCCCUUAAAGAAGAAGUACACCACGGAGAAAGUCCCAAGGCGAAAUUGUCUAGAAUAAAGUUUAGGGUCAAACCUGCUUCCUUGCCAUUAACACAUCCUGGACUAGUUCUACCACGGCCGAAAAGAUACGCAACACUAGAAGAGUUCUUGGACGCGGGGAGAAACAUUCCGAUUGAAGCUGGUGGGCUCCGUUCUUUGGAAGAUGGCCCUAAAUAUACGUCUGGGGGGCCCAUCAAAGAUGCCGCCCUUAUGCUACGGCUAGAAGAGGCUGCCAAACCCGGAGGGCUGCUGAGUCCCGAGGUUUGCUCUAUCUAUGAACCACCCGAGCCAGAACACAUCCCCGAGCAGUACGCCCAUCGAGAUCAUAUGAACAGGGCGGCCAUCGAAUUUCGAAGAUUGAUGUUCAUCGAACAAAGGAAACAUCGAGCUUCAGCCAAACGACUUGCAGAAGCUUGUAGGGAUGAAUGGUAUCGGCGGCAACCGAAGUCAGCAGAGCAACUGGAAGCAGAGGAAGCAAAGGCUGCAGAAAAUCGGUAUCGGUUCCUAGUUAAGACUCUCCAAGCCACGUGGGGAAAUGUACGAGCGGAGGUGAAUCGACAACGACUGCUGGAAUGGGAGGCCCAGGAGCAAGAUCGAGUGCGCAAAGCUUUGAAUGAAGCUGUCGACAAAUCAACCUUGAAGUUACAAGCACAGGGAGCGUUCAGAGAUUCCGAAUUACCCACGGAUGAAGAGGAAAGUGGCGAAUCUGAUGAGGAUGGCGAGCCCGGCUCCGACUCUGAAUCUUCUCCGGAAGAUAGGGAAAGUAAUAUGUCUUCUACGGCUUCAGAUGCGGACGAAGAGCAUGCUACGCUAGAUGGAGCAGAGGAUGAGAACUUGACGCAAGAACAGCUUCGACAGAAAUACUCGAGCCUGCCGAGCGUACCAGCUCAAACGGAAGAUGUAGAUAUGGCUGACGCGGAUGAGUCACUACCAACCCCUGGAUCCGAUUUGGAAGACAUAUUUGAUGAUAGCGAUGAGUCUAUUGAUAUGGAUGAUGAUCUUGGGUCUAGUGAUGAAGAGCGCGGUAGUGCGGAUGAAGAUGCAAGUGACGAGGAUGAUGAGGAAAGCGAAGACCCCGGAGAAUCAAGUCUCCUUGGGUUUCUUGCCCCAUCGGACAUUCAAAAGGAGAUCGAACUAGACCAGGCCAACCCCGAGUCAACGCUUGAACCUGGCAGCCCAGCAAGCAAGCAGGAUAAAAACGAGGAUGUAGAGCUAUUGGAUACUGCUGAAGAACAGCCGUCCGAACGUGAGCCGCUCGUUGGUAGCUCGGAGACUCCCACCGAACCCAACACGGCGGGUCUCGAAUCUGUAGAGCCGGCACCGGCUCCCGGCUCUGACCACAGUAGUCUGCCAACCCCGAGAACUACCCAAACAAAACCAUCUGAGGUUGAUUCCUCAUCUUCCGUGGACGCCCACCAAAUUAGCCGGCAGGCCACUCAGAGUAGCACGCCGCAACCAGGCAGCCUCUUGAAAACUCCCAUUCCAUUCCUCUUGCGGGGCACACUCCGAGAAUACCAACAUUAUGGCCUGGACUGGCUGGCUGGCCUCUAUGCCAACAAUACCAAUGGUAUAUUGGCCGACGAGAUGGGUCUUGGCAAGACAAUCCAAACCAUAGCUCUCUUGGCCCAUCUUGCUUGUGAGCACCAAGUGUGGGGGCCUCAUUUGAUCAUAGUUCCAACCAGUGUCAUACUGAAUUGGGAGAUGGAAUUCAAGAAAUGGUGUCCUGGGUUCAAAAUCCUGAGUUAUUAUGGCUCCAUUGAAGAACGCAGAAAGAAACGAAUCGGAUGGAGAGAUGACGAUUCAUGGAAUGUCUGCAUAACAUCCUAUCAAAUUGUUCUCCGAGACCAACAAGUCCUCAAGCGUCGCGCCUGGCACUAUAUGAUUCUUGAUGAGGCUCAUAAUAUUAAAAACUUCCAGUCGCAACGGUGGCAGGCUAUGCUGACGUUUAACACACGAGCACGGCUUCUCUUAACUGGUACCCCACUUCAGAACAAUCUUACGGAACUCUGGUCGUUGCUUUAUUUCUUGAUGCCAUCAGACGGUACGGAACAGGGUGUGGGCGGGUUUGCGAACCUAAAAGAGUUUCAAGAUUGGUUCAAGAAGCCAUCUGAGCAGAUUCUGGAACAUGGGCGUGAGAAAAUGGACGAUGAGGCUAAAGCGAUCAUCGCCAAGCUCCACAAAGUGCUUCGACCUUACUUAUUGCGCAGGUUGAAGGCGGACGUUGAAAAGCAAAUGCCUGCGAAGUAUGAGCAUGUCGAGUUUUGCCGACUUUCGAAGAGGCAGCGAGAGUUAUAUGACAGCUUCUUAAGCCGGGAAGACACUAGGGAGACCUUAGGCUCUGGCAAUUACCUCUCUAUAAUUAACUGCCUCAUGCAGCUGAGGAAGGUCUGCAACCACCCAGACCUUUUCCUGGACCGACCUAUCAUGACAUCUUUCCCAAUGCAGAAGUCAGCUAUCGGGGACUUUGAGAUCAAAGAGCGUCUUGUACGCCGGCUGCUUGGCGGCGACGAUCCCAUGACCAAAGUCAGCCUAGAAUUCCUGAAUUUGGUUCCGACCAAACAUGAGAGGCUUUCCGGGACCGUUACUGCACGAAGCGCAAUGCUCAGUGCACAGCGUGUCUUAAUGGACAUGCGUGAGGCCCAGCGCAACAGAGCCCAGAAUGCUCUCACCAAUCUUGAUCCAUCCACUGCUAAAUCUAAUUUGGUGUACUUGGAGAGUGCUUCUAGGUGGGGCAGGUUUGAAGAACUCCAACAUUGUGUUUAUCUCAACGCCCUGCGGCGGCAACAGAAACCUAUAUAUGGGAAGCAACUAGUUGAGUUGCUUACAAUCGGCGUCAAUGACCGCCCUUUCCGACCGAAACCACAGCGGCGUGAUCAGUGGCUGACUUGGCUUCACAAUAAGUCACCUGCUUUGGCCUCAAUGGUGCCGACAUUACAGUUCCGGGCCGAAACUCUCGAGUCUACUGUUCGAAAAUUUGCCUGUGUAACCCCGCCAGUCGUUGCCAAGGAUAUAACAUCCUUCGCCCUUACACGGACAGGCGUUAAGAUGGUCAAGACGGCUAUUGACACGUCGGCAAAGGACCCCUUCCACGAGGCACGAAUGGGACUGUCGAUACAAUUCCCUGAUAAGCGCCUGCUGCAAUACGAUUGUGGCAAGUUACAAACCUUGGAUAAACUCCUCCGCAAGUUACAAGCUGGCGGUCAUCGUGCACUCAUCUUCACGCAGAUGACAAAGGUUCUCGAUAUCCUAGAGCAGUUUUUGAAUAUCCAUGGCCACAAAUAUCUUCGCCUAGAUGGUAACACAAAAGUUGAGCAACGCCAGAUUCUCACAGAUCGUUUUAACAAUGACACCCGAAUCUUGGCAUUUAUACUGUCCAGUCGGUCCGGUGGCCUGGGUAUCAACCUAACUGGAGCCGACACCGUCAUCUUUUAUGACCUUGACUGGAAUCCCGCUAUGGAUAAACAGUGUCAGGAUCGAUGUCAUCGUAUUGGCCAGACCAGGGACGUACAUAUCUACCGCCUGGUUUCAGAGCAUACCAUUGAAGCGAAUAUUCUACGCAAGGCCAACCAGAAACGCAUGCUGGAUGAUGUGGUUAUUCAAGAAGGGGAGUUUACGACGGACUACUUCAAUAAGAUCUCGGUCCAGGAUGUGAUGGGAGAGGACUCUGGUCUUCUCGACGGUGAUGCUGCUGCAAGCGCCGCUAUGGAUCGAGUUCUCGGUGGCCCAGACAACAGCAAUAAUGUGCAACGAGUGCUCGCCCAGGCUGAGGACCGGGAGGACGUAGCAGCUGCUAGGGUGGCUGAGCGUGAGCUUGAGCAAACAGACGCGGCCGAUUUUGACGAGAAUGCUGUUACCGCAUCAGCAACGCCUGCAGCUGUAGACACCCCUCAAGAAGUCGUAGACAGUGUUGCUGGUGAAGGCACCCCGGUGGCAUAUGAGAUGAAUGCAGGAGAGGAAGGAGAGGAAGACGAGCUUAAUGCUUGGGGAAAGCCGAUCAAGUCUACGGAUGAUUACAUGUUGAAGUUCAUGGCUUCUGAACUCAAGAACACUCCCGUGGAGCUUCCCAAGGACAAGAGCAAGAAGGGAAGAGAUAGAAGUCACCGCCCUCAUAGAGUGAGGUGA